AUGGACGCCUCCCUGUUAAGUUUACCACCGGAGUUGCAGACCCGUAUCCUAUCUCAUCUCAUUUCAGACGGUGGCAUCCAAUCCGUUCACCCCCUUCUCUAUACAUGCAAGCAGCUUCACUCUGUCGCCCUCCCACUCUCUGUGCAAGUCUUCAGAUUGAAGCACAAAUCAUCAGACAGCACCCUUCUUGAUCGAACACGGGCCUUGCAGUUUCUCCGGUACAUCACCAUCGUCAAGCCUGAGCUUGCCAAGCAUGUCAGAACACUCAUCAUUCCCGAGUGGCUGUGGCCUCAGUUCGAAAGUCCUCUUGCAAAGUCGGGCCCUACAGUUGACGAGAUGAAAGUGUACAAGGGCUUGAUCACGAAGACAAUGAGCCUGGAUCCUGAUGGCGGUGAAGGGUCCGAUGCAGAUCAAGCGCAGUGGAUUGCGGAGCUCGAAAAGGGGCAUUCACAAGCAAUAUAUGCCAUGUUGGUCAUAGUUUGCACUGGGCUGAAAGACUUUUGCUUCGGGGCAAGUUCGGACCGGCCAUAUUUCCACCGUAUCCUCGAGCUAGCAGCGCGAUAUCCAUCGACAUCAACCCUCCAUCAAACCCAGCGAAUUUCCAGCCCGCUUUCUAACGUGACCGAGAUCUAUCACGAGGCACGAAGCGGUCAGGUUGAGUGGGACUUUCAGCCCCAAUGGAUACUUCGGCUGCCCAGCCUACGCUCAUAUGAAUGUGUCAUGGUCAGCAUCGAGAACAAGGUUGUAGAAGCCAUCGCCGAGGUUCCGCCAGGGUCCUGUUCAAUAGAGCACAUUUACCUUCGCAAAUCCCGUGCCUCUGCAACGGCAAUCGCUCCAUUCCUGGCUAUAUGCAAGUCGCUUCGAUCAUUUGAAUACAUCAGACAGGUGGACGGCGUGGUUUUCGAUGAGAUGAUGCCUGUUGAUCUCAUGAUUGCCCUACGGCCACAUGCCAAAACUCUCGAGCAUCUCCAUGUCAAUUUCGAUGAUGAUCGGGAUAAGAGAGGGUGGGGUGCGCAAAAGGAUAAGCUCUGUAUGGGCUUUGAGCUGCGCACUUUGAGUGCAUUGAAGACGUUGACUAUCGGAUACCAGCCUCUAACGGGCAUGCUAGACAGCCAGCCCUACCCAGCAUACGGCGAAGAUAACGCUGAAGAGGUCCCCCUGGAAGCCGAGGGUUCGCCGCGAUUGGUGGAAUGUCUACCGGGAAAUCUUGAGCGGCUGGAAAUUCUUUCUUGUGGUGAGAAGAUAAUCGGCCAAGUGGACGAGUUAUUGCAAGUAAUCUCGUUAGGCACUUCAUUCAAACGCCUUACUUGCAUCCGCCUACUCUUCAACAAUGAGACAAUCGACUUGAACGGAGUUGACUACAGCAAAACCUCACCUCAUGUGAAGAUCGAGGUGGUUUCUCAGACUGCCAAAAACCGAGCAUUCGAUAUGAGCCCGGGCUGUGUGCGUAGAGGCCAGAGCGUCAAUGCCAUAUGCUCACGACUCCAAGCACCGCAUCUCGGGCUGCGUCAAGAGUGGCUGGAUAAUCGCUGCUCAGACCAAGCAUGGGUGUCAGCCGAUGGCGGCAUUGUUGUUACGGAACCAGAUACCGGUAUCUUGGUCACGCUGGCAUCAUAG